GUGUAAUAACUCUUUAUUUCAAAAAUCACGAUUGAGUAAAUAAAAAGCUGACUCAGCUUUAUAUAUUUAUAGAUUCAAAUUGCAAAUCAAUUUUCUCUUGAAUUUAUUUUCAACAAAUAUCAACAACGCUAUUCAAAUUUCGCAUUGCUCCUAUUAUUAACAGCUUUGCAAUUCAAUUAUUGAUCUUUGAAGCUCAUUAAUUGAUAAUUGAUACUUCCGCCCCUUUGUUUGAAAGGAUCAUUGCUUCAAUUGUAUAUCCACUCAAUUGCACUACCUCCUUCACCCCGCAACGAAUCAUGACCAAAUUUCCAAGCGAGAGGGCUUUGUCUGAGCGAUAUUAUUACGACCCCAAACCAGGGGCACUGCAUAUGGGCGAUCUUAUCAAUCAGGCAAAAGAUGGGCAAUAUGUUAAAGACAUUUUAUCAGAUUUUGUUCAAGGCGCGAUUAUCUUAGCAAAGCAUUGUGGCUAUAUUAAAAUCUGGGAGGGGCAAUUAUUUCAAUUGCCAUUCAUUAAAGGUAUGAAGGUUCGAGCAAAUCAACCUCAUUGCGGUCACCCUUUCAAUGGGCCAGAUGGGCGCCCUAUGAUGCACGAAGGCCGCCUGCUUCGAGGGUUUGAUGGCAGCGAUACCGAUGCACCCUCUAGUUGGGACUUUGAUACUUUAAGCUCCUCUAUAGAGCUUAAGGAUUGGAGGGAUCAAAUUCUGUAUGCCAAUCAAGGUGAGGCGGGCACGAAAUAUGAAAGAGCCUCCAAUCGAAAUUCCUUAAAAGAGUGCGAUAAUUGGGUCAAUGCGCAAAAAUACACUCCCAGUCAGAAUUCAAUUCCUCAAGCUCCCGGCGCCCAAAUCUAUCCAAUACCUGAAGGUGACGAGAGUGAUGGAGUCGCAUCUUUAAAGCGAAAGCCGUCAAAAAGUUCGAAAGGAAGGGGUGAGCAAUCAAAUCGAUUGAAAAAGCUAAAGCGAGGCUUUGAAUGGAGAGCGGAUCGACAAAGUGAGAGUGAGAGUGAGGGUUCCGAUAAACCUUCCUUAAAUUCGACACAUGGUGAAUCAAGGAGCAAUUCAAUUGAGAAAAGUCAAUAUAUUGGAAUCCCUCCUCCAAUUCUUCCUCCAAAGCGACAGCAAUCAACUUCAAUUGCUACGAGCGAUGCUCUCCAAAGCAAUCGGGAUUUGUUACCCGAUCAAACUUCGAGUGCCCUCAUUCCCAAAGGCGGGUCGAUAGAAAUUGAGAGUUCCCUACAAUGCGUAAAGGAAAGGGUAGACAUCUGUGAAUCAAGCAGCAUCAAAUUGGAUGGCCACGUUGAGGAAUCGAAAAUCGACGCAACCUCAUCUUUAAUGAGCGCAGGCCAAGCGCUGGAUAAAGCUAGCGAGACUCAACGAUCGAUGCCUUUAUUAACUAUACCAAGCAUUGCCAUUGCUCCGCCGUCAGAUGAAGGAGUAAUGGAUUCCAACAAUCCAAGCACUACCAUUCCACUAUCUGAUUCUAAUAAUUCAAACGCUGACACUCCGCCAUCUGAUUCUAAUAAUUUAGGGACUUCAGAUCGAUCGAAUUCACCAAACAAUCUCAAUAACAAAGAUGAAUUGGGAGCUCCCAUUAGCCUUGAAGAAAAGAAGCAUUCUGAUGAUCAAGCAGUGAGUGAGAAAAUGAAUGAAUUGAGAGGCAGCCCCCGAAUUCCAAAAUCGAUGAGCGCUAAUGAAUUAAAGGUUUUGCCAUCGCUUAAUGGAAAUUGCCCAACUGAUUUGAAUUUGGAUGAGGUGCGAGAAGAAUUAUUGCUGCUGCAUGAAAGUGAUUUAGCAAGCGAUCGAGUGAGCUCACCUGAAGGCUGUCUUGAAUCUGCGAAACCUGGGACUGAAUUGGAUAUUGAUUCUGCAACCUCAAUUAAUUUUCAUAUUCGAGGUGGAAGCGAUAUUCCAAUUCCCGAUUCCCAAGAGUCAAAUCUCAAUUCUCACUCCAACAAAGAGGGCGAUCUCUCUAUAUCGCGCAAAAAGUCCAAUCGACGUGGGAAGGCUUUAUUGAGGAAAAAAAUGAAGUCAUCGCGUGCACCGCAUAUCCUCUCUCAAAAGGAUAAAAGGUUCUGCAGAAUUGGAAAGCGAGCAAUAGCAAUGAAAGGCGAUGAAGAGGCGAAGAGCCAGAUUGAAAGGGGGGUGGGAGAUUGGAAGCGAGCUUUAAGGGUUAGAAAGAUUUGAGGGAUGAGAGUUGAGAGUGAAAGAGGGGAGUUGCACAUUAAUUCAAAUUCGAUGAAAGGGAGCAUUGAGAGGGAGCAUGAGAAGGAGCAUUGGGAGGGGAGCA